GCUGGAAAACUUCAACCUUGAUUUGAAAUUCGAUAUCGAUAGGAGGACAGCCCUCUCUCUGGAAACAAACCUACUUCCCUUAGCAAACAACUUGCGCAAAACAAUUUUUCAUAACAAUAUCCGUUACCAGAGCUUAACUACUAGUAUUGUACGGUCGCUCACAAACAUGCCACUCGCAGUCACUGAACACAGUGGAGCACUCGCCCCUGAUGCGUCCCUGAACAUUGCAGCUACACACCCGUUUACUUGCAAUACAUGCCAGGUUGCUUUCAGAAACAGUGAUGCCCAGAGAACCCAUAUGCGGAGUGAUUGGCAUCGGUAUAAUCUAAAACGUCGAGUCGCAUCUCUUCCCCCACUGUCUUCCGAGGUAUUCACAGAGAAGGUCCUUGCCGCUCAGGCAGCCAAUUCCGCAGCCGCUGCGAAAGCGGCCUUUGAAAAAGCAUGCGUAGCUUGUCAGAAAACAUUCUUCAGUGAGAAUGCCUUCCUGAAUCAUAUGGCUAGCCAGAAACAUAGGUCGAGGGAUGCACAACUGCGGAAAAACGGCGGCCUCCAGGAUGAAACUGCGUCAGUGAUGAGUGGAACAUUUUCUCUGGGAGAGCCGAUCAAUGUAGGAGAGCCUAUCACAGCUUCCCCUGCUACUUCCAUCCAGGAAUCUGCCGCGGAGGAAGAAUUCUCGAAGAUUGUGGACGCAAUGAAAGACACUGCGAUCAGUAGUGAGGAUCCGUUAUUGAAACGCCCAUCCAGACCAACUCAUUCUUCAGUUGUUGGGGAUCGUCAACCGUCACCAAACGGUACUGACACCGAACAUGAUGAGGACUAUGCGUUAACCCACUGCAUGUUCUGCAACCACAAUUCAGCAAGUGUGAAACUGAACGUCCUCCACAUGAGGAAGUUCCACGGCAUGUUCGUGCCUGAGCAAGCAUACCUAAUCGAUGGGGAGGGGCUCUUGAAAUAUCUCUUUGACAAAAUCACAAAGAAUAACGAGUGUCUAUACUGCCAUAAGAUCAAGACAAGCACCCCAGCGAUCCAGACACACAUGCGGGAUAAGGGACAUUGCAUGAUUGCGUUCAGCACCGAGGACGAGAUGCUCGAAGUUGGGCAAUUUUACGACUUUUCCAGCACCUAUUCUGACGACGAGGACGUCGAUGGAUCAACAUCGACAACAGAAUCUCCAACUGGGGGUGCCAAGGGGGAUGGUGACGACGACGACGAGGAGGGAUGGGAAUCGGACAGCUCGAUAUCAUCUGUAGUCGGCGGAAAUGCCUUCCAUACCGAGUACGAGCUGCAUCUGCCAUCCGGACGAACCGCGGGACACCGCUCUCUGUUCAAAUACUUCCGGCAGAAUCUACGAAAUUACCCAACUCCGGAGGAGCGUCUUUUACGCCAGCGGGAAAUUACGGACGCGGCGCAGAAUCCCGACGUCCAUGACACCGACGCAAGUGCGAGGCGGAACCAGUCACUCGUUACGAGGGUGCGGGGUGGCAUUGGCAUGAUUGGUGCGAGUGAUAGCCAAAAGCGGUACGUCAAGGCGGCAGAGGUUAGAGAAAGGAGAAGUGAGCAGAAUGCGAGGAAACAGUAUGAGUGGGGCAUCAAUCGGAGGGGUAAUUUCCAGAAACAUUUCAGGGACCAGCUACUCCAGUAAUCAAUCUGACUAGGUGCGCACCGCUGAUAUUAACACAUAGUCUCUUGCGAGCGUAUUCCGUGCUAUUAUUAUCUUGUUGAUUUUGGCCUCUCCCACAGAGUAACAUAGUUAGCCUAUUUAAACAAGCCCACUACAAUAGAUUGCUGUAAUUGAAAAAAGAAGAAGAAAAAAUCGAAUUGGCGCGAGUAGAAUGUCCUUAUCUCAAACCUAGCUUGCGAAUACCACAAAUACAAGCUAGUUAAACAAAAAAAAAGAAGAGAAAAACCUAGAAGGGCCACAAGCGGGGCGAGUUUACAUUUUC